AACUAAAACGUCAAACAUAGUUUCGCUACGAGCUAUCCUGUAUCCUUCUGUCGGUCUGAUUGGGUCUGAUGGUCUGAAGGCUUUAGUUUCGAGCAGGCUGGAUAUUUGUGGGUCCUAAAACGAUUUAUUUUUGCCGUUAAUAGUACGAGUAGUUUCCAAUCUUUGAUUUUUGUUUUGUUACGUUAUAUCUGACAAUGAAAAUUUGGACUAGUGAGCAUACAUUUAAUCAUCCAUGGGAAACAGUUGCCACUGCAGCAUGGAGGAAGUACCCCAACCCACAUAACCCAGCUGUGAUAGGAACUGAUGUUGUCGAAAGGACAGUUGUUGAUGGGGUACUUCACACACAUAGACUAGUUAGCACAAAGUGGUACUUUCCUAAGUGGACACAAGCUUUGAUCGGUUCUGCGAAAGUUUGCUAUGCAAGUGAAAAGUCUCAAGUGAAUCCAAACAACAGGGAAAUGAUACUGAACACAAUUAAUUUGACCUUCUGCCGACACAUAGCCGUGAACGAGACUCUAAAAUACGUCCCUCACCCCGGAGAUCCAGAGAAGACGCUGUUGAAGCAGGAAGCAGUGGUUACAGUGAAAGGUGUACCAUUAAAUAAUUACAUGGAGGACAUUCUUACAAAUAAAAUCUCCCUUAACGCCGGUAAAGGUCGCCAGGCUAUGGAAUGGGUGAUAAGCAAACUGGACUCUGAAGUGAAAGGUAUUGCCAGCAGCAAUCUCAUCCAUCAAACCAAGAAAUCGUUGGAUGACAUUACAACUAGUGCGAAAAAAUCUAUGGACGAUAUUUCGUUGAAGGCUAUGAAGAGUUUAGACGAUAUACACAACUUGGCGAAUUCACCUAACCAUCAAGAGAUUUAGGUUUUUAUGAAUUUUCUAGACAAUCCCUUUAUAAACAAUUUCUUCAUUCAUACCUUUAACAAAAUCGAGUACUUUAGCAUUUAUAAAUUAUUCAACAUCCCAAGGCAAAUUGUACAAUGCAAUAAAAGUGAAGAGUAUGUUAAUUUAUUUAGUUUAGUACUAUUUAUUAAAAAAACUUCACAGAGUAUGUAGUAUGUUUUCAAAUUGUCCACCUUUUGUUUUCUGUGUAAUAUAAUUCAAAUUUAUAAAUUAAAAACAGAAUACAAUACUUUAUA